AUGUCUGGUUUAAAAGUCGCUAUCAUUGGUGCUAACGGUAAAAUUGGUCGUCUUCUAAUAAAUAUCUUAAAACAAGACAAGACAAAUUUUGAUACACCAUUAGCUAUCGUAAGAAACUCAGAACAACAGGACUAUUUUAUCAACGAAAUCAAAGUCAACGCCUCCUUAACAAGCAUAGAACAUGCAACAGUUAAAGAGAUAGCUGACGCAAUUAAGGGGUACGAUGCUGUCGUCUUCAGUGCAGGUGCUGGUGGUAAAGGUGUUGAAAGAAUCUUCACUGUAGACUUGGAUGGCUGUUGCAAAGCCAUUGAAGCUUGUCAAUUGGCCAACGUUAAAAGAUUUAUUGUGGUCUCUGCUUUAAAAGCAGAAGAUAGAGAUUUUUGGUGGAGCAUCCCUUCUUUAAGAGAAUACUAUAUCGCUAAAAGAGCAGCAGAUCAUGAUGUUAGGUUGUCUGGUUUGAAUUACACUAUUUUACAACCUGGGUGGCUGCUAGAUAGUAAUGGUACACAAAAGUUUGCAUCUUUGAAUCAAGUCGAUAAGAUGGUGGAAAUGGGGGAAAAAACUGUCGCUAGAGAGGACGUGGCCUUGUUUAUCAAGGAAGCUCUAUUACAUGAAAAUGAAACUAAAGAAAAGACUAUUCCAUUACUUAAUGGUGAUAUCCCAAUUAAUGAAUUUAUUACAACUAUUUAA